UCACGUCUCGAACUUUUACCACCGGUACACUACACUACAGCCAUUAAUUUAAUUACAACGGUUCCUUUAUUUCGUCCAACUUUAUUUAAUAAAUUAUUACGUUCUUCGAUCUCUGUUCUACAUCGUAAUAGAAUUAUUAAUAAUACAAAAAUGGACCCAGAAGAAGCUGCUAAAGAGGAGGCUGCCAAAAGAGAUCAUCGCAAAAUUGGAAAAGAUCAAGAGCUUUUUGUUUUUAUUCCUAUGAGUCCUGGAUCGGCUUUUUGGUAUCCAAAAGGAACGUUUAUUUAUAAUACGUUGGUCAACUUUAUUAGACAGGAAUAUCGAAAAAGAGGCUUUUUGGAGGUAAUGACGCCAAAUAUUUAUAAUGUUAAACUUUGGGAGCAGUCUGGUCAUUGGCAUCAUUAUGCAGAUAAUAUGUUCAAAUUUGAAAUUGAAAAGGAGCAAUAUGGUUUGAAGCCAAUGAAUUGUCCUGGGCACGUUUUGAUGUUUGAUCAUAAGCCCCGUUCUUAUAAUGAGCUUCCGAUUCGUUAUGCUGAUUUUGGUGUUUUACACAGGAAUGAAAUGAGCGGCGCUUUGGGGGGUCUUACAAGACUGAGACGUUUUCAACAAGAUGAUGCUCAUAUUUUCUGUCGUUCUGAUCAAUUAGCGGAUGAAAUUACGGCUUGCUUGGAUUUUUUAAAUUUUGUUUAUGUUGACGUUUUUGGAUUCUCUUUCAAAUUAUUUUUGAGUACGCGGCCGGAGGAGAGCUAUUUGGGAGAUAUAUCUAGUUGGGAAUUAGCCGAAAAAGAAUUGAGUGGAGCAUUAGAAAGUAGUGGACAUGAUUGGGAAUUAAAUGCUGGAGAUGGAGCUUUUUAUGGGCCUAAGAUUGACAUGCAAAUUGUAGAUGCUCUCGGCCGUUAUUGGCAAACUGCUACAAUUCAAUUAGACUUUCAACAGCCUCAGCGUUUUGAUUUGCAUUAUUUUGAUGAGAACAAAGAGCGCCAUCGUCCUGUUAUGAUUCAUCGAGCUAUUCUCGGCUCUGUUGAAAGAUUGAUUGCAAUUUUGGCUGAAAACUAUGCUGGAAAAUGGCCGUUUUGGCUUUCUCCUCGACAAGCAAAAAUUAUUUGUGUCCAUCCAAAUAUCGUUGAUUAUGCUACGCAAGUUAAGGAAAAAAUAUUUAAUUCUGGAUUUGAAAUAGAAUUUGAUGAAGAUUGUCCAGAUACUUUAAAUAAAAGAAUUAGAAAUGCACAAUUGGAACAAUUUAAUUUUAUUUUGGUUGUUGGGAAGAGAGAAAAGGAAAACGGGACAGUUAAUGUUCGAACGAGAGAUAAUCAGGUUCGUGGUGAAAUGAAAGUUGAAGAUUUAAUUAAAAAAUUUGCAAAAUUUCGAGAUACGUUUGCAAAAGAUACGGAAAGUGCUGAAGCUUUUGUUGAAGAAAAUAAUAAAGAAGAAUAA